AUGGAUUCCCAAACACAGAUCCCUCAAAUUCCGGUUAUAGAUUUCUCUAGCGAAAACUUCAAGAAUGGUUCAUCUUCAUGGCUUUCCAUGUGCAACCAAAUUCGGUAUGCGUUGGAGGAUUAUGGUUGUUUUGUGGCAAAAUAUGAUCGACUUUCUCCUCAACUUUCCGCCAAACUUUCGAGCCAAGCCAAACAUAUGUUUGACCUUCCCACGGAAACCAAAAAGAAAAAUACUAGCGAUGAACCAUUUCGUGGUUAUUAUACUCGGAAACAUGAAAUGCCACCACUCCGCGAGGGCAUGGGCAUCGACAAUGCAAGAUUUGUUGAACAAACACAGAAGUUCACGAAUCUCAUGUGGCCUCAUGGAAACGACCAAUUCUGUGAAGUUGUUAAUUCUUAUGCAAAGAUAUUAGGAGAUUUGAAUGAAUUGGUACUAGAAAUGGUAUUUCAAAGCUAUGGUGCAGGGAAGCACUAUGCCUCCUUUGCUGCUUCCAUCAGUCAUGUUCUUAGAUUCCUCAAAUUUAAACUUCGUGACACCGAGUCAAAAAGUAUAAGGCUUCCAGCUCAUAAGGACCUCAGCUUCGUAACAAUAGUUCAUCAAAUUGAUAAUCCUGGUUUGGAGGUAGAAACAAACGAUGGCACGUGGAUUGCGAUUGAACCCGACGUUUCACACUUUGUGUUCUUGGCUUGUGAGGGAAUGCAGGUAUGGAGCAAUGACAGAGUAAAAGCUUGCAAGCAUCGAGUGAACAUAUCAGGAGAUAAAGAUAGAUACUCAAUGGGGCUGUUCACUUUCAAUAAUGGAGUCAUUCAAGUACCAGAAGAAAUGGUGGAUGAUGAACAUCCAUUGCUCUAUAACCCUUUUGAUCAUCCUGAAUUUGUUCGAUUUUUCACUCGCUCUGUCAUGACUUCCCAUGACCCUGUCAAGAAGCAGUUUGAUAAUCCUUUGAAGGCCUUUUGUGGUGUCUGACCACUGCAAAUAUAAAUUUACUUUAUGUCUAAUAAAUUUAGACUAUAUAGUAUAUAUAUAUAUAUAUAUAUAGUCAAUAUUUCAUCCGGUCAAAUUC